AUGUCACAGCCAUGGGAUUAUAUUGCUAAACUUGUCUGCAUUGGGGACUCGGGGACUGGGAAGUCCAGUUUGACGGUCCGACUUUGCGAAGGGCGCUUUUCGUCCUCCCAUGAUGUUACAAUCGGUGUCGAGUUCGGUUCGCGGAUUGUUCCGGUGGGCCCGCCAGCUUCAAAGGCCUUGGGAGGCGAGUUCGACGGUUCUAUCCGCAAUCGUGCCCCUUCAAUUACACCUUCGCCCUUAUUGCCCGCUACGGCUACAACCAGCGAAUCAGUCGCUUCUGGACUGCCCAGUCCUCCACGUAGGGUACAAGAGCUCCAGAAAAGAAUGAAGUUGUCGCUAUGGGACACCGCUGGCCAAGAAACGUACAAAUCUAUUACCCGCUCUUAUUUCCGUGGUGCUUCGGGUGCCCUCCUGGUCUUCGAUAUUACUAGGCCUUCUACAUUUGUAUCGUGCACACAGUGGCUUCAUGAUCUGCGGCAAAUUGCAGAAGACGGCAUCGUAAUUGUUCUGGUCGGCAACAAGAGUGAUCUUGCCGGUGAUGACUCGAGAUCGCAUCAGACGGUCACUAGGCAAGAAGCGGAGGAGUGGUGCCGUUUGAAUAACAUCACACGGUAUGUUGAGACAAGCGCAAAAUCUGGAGAGAACGUGGAGCGUGCUUUUCUUGAGGUGGCUGAGAUGAUAUAUCGCAACAUCGAAGCUGGCAAAUAUGACCUCUACGACCGUCGAAGUGGUGUGAAGGGCUAUGGUGCCACCGGCGGAUCAAACCCGGGUAUCCCAAACACUGUCACUUUAGGCUUGGAUGAUGCCAUGCGCAAGGGUGGAAGUGGCCUGGGAGGAGGCUGUUGUUGA